GGCGAAAAGGUACGAGUACCAGUACUGGUCUGCGAAAUGGCUSCGGACACAACAUCAUUUGUCGAAUACUGUAAAUAUAAGAUAGUGUUUCUGAUUAAGACUUGAUCUACAAAACAUUUUGUUAUUAACAAUGCCUAUUGACAUCAACGAACUCAGACCAUACAAAGGGGGCGACCCUGCCAAGUACCGCAAAUACAUGGAGCAGCGGUUCAAGCCUGCCGAAUGGGUGGACGAAGUCAUCGCCGAAGACGAGAAAUGGCGCGCCCUGACMAAGGAGAAAGAUGAAUUGAGAAAGCAGGUUAACAAGAUCCAAAAGGAGAAGAUCACUCCAAAGAAGAAGGCCAAAGAAAACUGCGAUGCCGAAAUCGCUGAGAUGAAAGCUGUUCAGCAGCAAAUCAAGGAAGUCGAAGCCCAGUUGCCCGUUCUUGCUGAAAACCGGGACAAACUCCUUAAUCGCAUCGGUAAUAUUGUCGAUCCCGAGGUUCCAAUUUCCAACAACGAAGAAGAAGAUAACCUGGUUAUUGACUUGAAACCGAUCCCACCAGAAGGGGAGGGWAUCUUGCCUGCCCCUCAAGGRAAAAUCCAGUACACUCUGCCGGAAACCAAACCCUUGACCCACGAUGAACUCUUGUGGAGGAUUGGUGGAUACGAACCCACACGUGGAUCAAAUGUUGCCGGUCACCGCGCCUAUUUCUUGACAAAUGCUGGUGUUUUGUUGAAUCAAGCCAUCAUUAACUACGGCAUUGCCUUUUUGAGUGCUCGCGGAUACAACGUUGUUCAACCUCCUUUCUUCAUGAACAAGGAUGUCAUGGCCUCGAUUGCACAGCUKGAUGACUUUGACGAGCAGCUCUACAAAGUAUCGGGAAAAACYGACGAUCCCGACAGCGAGAAGAAGGAAAAGUACCUGAUCGCUACCUCAGAGCAACCGCUCUGCGCCUACCACAAGGACGAGUGGAUCGAGAAGUCUUCUCUGCCGUUAAGAUACGCCGGAAUCUCUACUUGCUUCCGAAAGGAAGCGGGAUCUUCCGGCAAGGACAUUCGAGGGAUUUUUCGUGUCCAUCAGUUCGAAAAGAUCGAACAAUUUUGUUUGGUGGACGACGAUUUCGAGGUUUCCCAAGCCGAACAGAAGAAGAUGCUCCAAGCCGCCAAGGAAUUCUACGAUUCUCUAGGAUUCUCCUACCGUGUUGUUUGCUUAGUCAGUGAUGAACUGAACGACGCGGCAGUCAAAAAAUACGAUCUCGAGGCAUGGUUCCCCGGUCAACAAGCUUAUCGCGAGYUGGUGAGCUGCUCUAACUGUACCGAUUACCAGGCGCGUGGUGUUGGUACAAGAUGCGGAGGCAAGAAGUCUACCAAGGGCGACAUGAAUGCUCGCAAUUCCUACGUCCACAUGCUCAACGCCACCCUGUGCGCUACUGGAAGAGGCAUAUGCUGUCUAUUGGAGACUUACCAAACAGAGGAUGGAGUAACUGUACCGGAAGUCCUUCGUCCAUACAUGGGAGGCAAGGACUUCUUGCCCUUCGUGCGAGGACCACCUGAAGUGAGCAAGGGAGAGAAGGGCAAGAAGAAAUAAACAACAUACGUAAAUUAAAUCUUGUCGUUACACGAGUGCACAAUCCAGAAUUCGGCCCMCRAAACGUGGAACGGAUUUGUAAACGCAACGUAAUCAUAYGUUUUCUAAUCCAUUGCCAUGAAUUACACCAUUUUAACAGGAAAAGUCUUUUCCGUUGGACACUCUCCAGAGUUAUGACGCUCACAUAGCAGGUGAUGCAGACGAAUGUAAUGUGUCUCUCUGGUGUUGUCGUGCCUAUCAAAUGAACGUUAUUCUAUGCU